CUUUUCCUUCUCCAUCAAGUAACACCAUAGUCAACACACGCUUCAACUUCAAAGCUGCACCACCACUUUCGAAUCUCGGGCACCAAGCUACCCGCUGAACACUCUCCCCCGUUCCCACCACAAAAGGCGGUCUUUCGAUCUCAAGUUUCAUCCAGAAGACUUGUGUCAACAACCUUGUUCAAAAGACCAUUACCUUCAAGCUUUCAACACCAGGACUACAUAUAGUUUCCUCAAUACCCUUACACGGUCUCACACAAGAUCUUCGCUCUUUACAGGAGGAUCUUUUCGUUUCUGCGCAAAUCAUCACUCGUGUCGUCAAUACAUCCGAACUUUCAAGUAAAAAUGUCCGCCGCUGUCGAAUCCGCCCCCGUGGCCAACCCCCCAGCUGAAAGCACCGACAACACUCAGUCCGCUGAGGUGCUCGCCAGUGCUGCUGAGGGUCGACGUCUAUACAUUGGGAAUCUCGCUUAUGCGACAACUGAGGGAGAGUUGAAGGACUUCUUCAAGGAGUACCUCGUCGAAGGUGUCUCCAUCCCAGUCAAUCCACGCACCACCCGUCCCGUCGGCUACGCUUUCGUUGACUUGUCAACACCAUCCGAGGCUGAGCGUGCCAUCAACGAGCUGAACGGAAAGAACAUUCUUGAUCGCAAGGUUUCAAUCCAGCUUGCUCGAAAGCCCGAAGCUACUCCGGAGGGUGGUGCCAAGAGCGGAGACGAGAGCGCUGGCAAGACCACGCGGCGCCGCCUUUCUGGCCGCGGACGUGGCCGUGGCCGGGGCGGUCGUGCUGCCCGUGGUGGACGUAAGACGGACGAUGCGAAUGGCACCGAGGCUGCCGCGGAGGCUACGAACGGCACUGCGACAAAUGUACCUGCCCAAACAGAACCCAUUGUCGACAGCACGAACAAGACUAAGACAAAGACAAAGGCUAAGAAGGGCGAGGAGGCUGCAACCCCUGCUGACGCGAGCAAGCCGCGCUCGCCCCGCGAGCCGCGUGAGCGCAAGCAGCGUGGUCCUCCCGAGGAUGGUGUCCCUUCCAAGACCAAGGUCAUGGUCGCUAACCUGCCAUACGACUUGGGUGAAGAGAAGCUGCUUGAAAUCUUCAAAGAGUACAACCCGACGAGCGCAAAGAUUGCCCUUCGCCCGAUUCCUCGCUUCAUGAUCAAGAAGUUGCAGGCCCGCAACGAGCCCCGCAAGGGCCGCGGCUUCGGUUUCGUCACGCUUGCUUCGGAGGAGAUGCAGCAAAAGGCGUGUGCCGAAAUGAACGGCAAGGAGAUUGAGGGCCGUGAGAUCGCCGUCAAGGUGGCGAUUGACAGCCCAGGCAAGGAGGACGAAGAUCCAAGUGCGGAGAGCGCUGAGGCUACUCCGGCGGCCGAGGCUACUCAAGCCGCUCCGGCUGCCGCAUAGAGGUUGCCUUCGCGUCCCACAUUUCGCUCGCUCCCCGGUUCGACGCACGUGCCCAGUCGGAGUCGCUUCUUCGUCGCAUUCGUGUUGCUUUCUUUUAAUUUCCGCUCUUCCUUUCUCUCUUCACCAGCGCGGGUGAAAGAGUUUGCUCAGAAGUUGGCGUGGGACAACUACGUUACACGUUCGUACGCAAGGUCUCUACCUUGCUUAGCGGAGUAUGGACUUGCAAAAGUUUUUCUUAGGAGACCCAACAUGGUGGGCGUGUGAUAUUAUAGCUCAGGCGAACGAAAAAAAAGGAAACAGUGAAAACUUCAAGGUGCUCGCGGCAGCAAAGGUUUUAAUAAAAACAUUGGUUGUUUGGGCUAUGGAUGGGCGUGGCGGGCACGGCUGCGAGUAAAAGUGUGUACGAUAGGGAUUCCAAGGGCAUAAACAGCGAAUAUGUGGGUGCAGACAUAAGCACGCAAGGUCACACGACAAUGGAUACACUGUGCAAAGGGUGCAUGUUUUACGAUCUGACAGCGACGCUGCGUGCCUUUUGACUCGAAUUUUGCUUUUGG